AUGAGCUGAACCCUCCUCUAUAGUAAAUCUCUCUCAAUCUGAUCAGCGGGAGAGGAGAAGAACCAUCUAACGAGUGUGGACACACUAACUCUCAGGUCUGUCCUACUGCUUCAUGAUUAAAAGUCUUCCAGAAGAUUCUUCUCAACUUUUUUUUAUCUAUUAUCUUUCCAUCGGAGCAUCUAUUCUUGAACCAACAUCUCAUAUUGUGAAGUGAAGCCACGUUUUAUGGUUUUUUAGAUGGAGAUUAUGAGGAGCGCCAUGUUCCUUCUUCCCCUGGUUCUUUCUCUACUUCACCCCACAUCUGCCACAUCAGGCCCAGACUUCAACUACGGAGCCCACCCGCGCUUUGUCUGCUCCCCAAUCCCUGCAGACGCAGACCCUUCCUGCUUCCCCACAGCAGGUACGGGCGCCGGGUCAACGGGGCCUGGAGGAUCAAACCAUCAGAACGUCCCUCCCAGCGGCUGGUGGGGGGCUGGCGACGAGGCUAAAGCCACCAUCCUCCACCUGAGGGAGAGCCUUGUGCAGCAGAAGGAGAUCAUCCUGGACCAGAGGGAGACCAUCAGAGAGCUGACAGCCAAGCUGACCAUGUGUGAGGGCGCUGGGCGAGGCCCGUCGCUUCACGAUGAGCACCACGGCUCUGUGUCAUACUCGCAUCACAAGGGAUUGUCCGUUCACCACACAUCAUACACCGACAACAGUCACUAUGGCAACGGCAGACUCAUCCCAGACUCACAGCACCACCACUCCUCUGUCCAACGAUCCGACGGAGGGUACGGCGGCCACAACCACGGGAAGGACAAACACGGGACGGCAGGGGACAGCACAUCGACAACGGAGCAGCUGGAGAGAAUGCUGCAUGCGCUGAAAGAGAGACUGAGCAGCCUGCAGAAGAGGAACAGCACCAGCACAUACUCCAACUCUCUGAAGGAGCUGCUGCAGAGGAAGAUCAGCACCCUGGAGGAGCAGCUGCACCACCACACCGCCGCCCUGGGCAGCAGCGCGGACCAACACCGCGAUGACGACUCCGGCCACAGAGAUGACGGAGACCACCACGACGACGGUCACCACGACGACAACCACAGGCACGACGACGAACGCCAUGAUGUCCACGACGACACCGGAGACCACAAGGACCAUCAUGACGACAGCCACAGCAAAGACCACCAUGACGGAGAUCACGACGAUCAUGAUGAAGGUGACGAUAGUGAAGGUGACGAUAGUGAAGGUGACGAUAGUGAAGGUGACGAUAGUGAAGGUGACGAUAGUGAUAGUGAGGAGGACGAGGAUGAGGAGGACGAGGAGGAAGAACAGGAAGAGGAAGAAGAGGAGGAGGAAGAGGAUGAUCACAGGAGCAAUGAAACAGAGGAUCACAGUUACCUCCCACACACUGGGUACAGAACUGGUUUCCACUCUAAUAAACUGGAAACGAUGCUCAACCAGCUGCACCUGACAGCUUCCAACAGGAAACAUUCCAAGAACCUGGAUGCCUUUCAGAUCAGCUUCCCGAUGAGGACCAACUACAUGUACGGACGGAUGAAGAGGACUCUGCUGCAGGAGAUCUUCGCUCUGACCUUGUGCCUCUGGAUGAAGGCAGGCGUGGGUCCCGGACUGGGGACUCCUUUCUCCUACUCCGCACCCGGACAGGCCAAUGAGCUGGUGCUCAUCGAGUGGGGGAACAACCCCAUCGAGCUGCUGAUCGAUGACAAGGCCGUAACGCUGCCCUUAUCUCUGAGUGAUGGGAAGUGGCAUCAUGUUUGUGUGACGUGGACAACGAGGGACGGACAGUGGGAGGCCUACCAGGACGGUGUGAAGCGGGGGUCUGGGACCAACCUCUCUCCCUGGCACUCCAUCAAACCUGGAGGGGUCUUCAUCCUGGGACAGGAGCAGGACACUCUUGGAGGCCGUUUUGAUGCCACUCAGUCGUAUGUGGGAGAGAUGUCAGACCUCCACAUGUGGUCGCACGCCCUGAGCGCCGCUGACAUCUACAGCCUGGCCUCCUGCGGCAGCCACUUACGCGGCGACAUCAUCGACUGGUCCGAGUCGGAGGUGGAGCUUCACGGCGGCGUUGCUAGGUACCCGUUCGACCCCUGCCACUGAAGGAAGGUUUACCCGCCCAAAAAGAAGAACCUCGAGAAAUCAUAAGAUCUUUGGACUUCAAGUAUUCAGAUUGUUUGCCUUCCUUUAAACUACUUAUCAAAUGAUGCAAAAAGGAGGAUAAAAUUGUAGCCUGAUCGUAUUUACAGAGAAUGUGUUUGAUGUUCUCUCUUUUUUUAAUGAAUUAGUGUUUUAUUAUAAACAGACAAGUGCUGACUGUGACAUAUUGUCAUAAUGUGAAUAAGUUUGAAUGAUUUCAGUUCUGUGCUGAUGUGAGCAGGACCUUAAAGGGUUCGGCUGUAGAUUAGAGUUAAUGAAAUUCAUAGACAUGUUUUCAUAAAUCUCUUCAUACUUUGGAUUCUCUUUUUAAGGAUUCCAUGAAACAUACAGCUAAUUUACCAAAGAAACCGUAGAACUCAAAUAUGUUUUUCUCUCUUUUUUAAAAAUUAUUUAAAUCUACAUGUAAAGAUAGAUUUCAGAGAGAGUUUAGUCUGAUGCACUCUGGUUUGACUGCCUCAGUUUUGUGUUUUUAAACAUUUUAAAAAUCUUUAUUCUGUUGUUUUUCUUUAACUUUUUUGUCCUCACAAUGCAAAGUUGUUCACAGAACAAACCCUUAAUAUUCAUCACUUUGUUUGGUUGAACAGUGAGUAACUUCUAACUUGUGUGUGUUGAGAUUGUUGAUUGUGGCUUCUGAAUUUGUCAUUUUGGCCUUGAUUGUAUAUUUAUUAUUGUACAAUAUGUUAUACAUUGAAGCUAUUAGAAAAUGUUUAAACUCGAUGUGAUUGUGUUUUUGUUGAAA